UGACAAAUUUGAUAAAAUGUAGACGUUUUUAGAAUCAGCAUUUCUUUUGGUAUUUCUUAUUACUUUUUUCUUUUCAAAUUACCGUGUCUUGUGUGCAAGUGAUGGAAGAAGAUAUCAAUCAAUAUUGAAAUAUGAAAGGGAAACCAUUUUGGAAAAGGUUGCGAUGACGAGUCGUUAUAACAAUGCAUUAGGUCGGCAAUCUGAAGGGUUUGGUGAUCAUUUAUGUCCAGUAGAAUGUAUAACCAAAUUGCUGUUAUUUAUUGCCAUCGUCGUCGUAAUACUGCUUUCUUUCCAGUACAUACCUCUAGGGAAAUUCUACCUAAAAUGCGACCCUGAAUGUUGCAACAGCGCGAAACCACCACCACCUCCAAAAGAGAGGUACAGUAGUACCAUGUGUUGCCUCUGCGACGUGUACCAAAGACUAAUGCAAGUUGGACAAGUCUCUUUGGAAGUGGUGGAAUUGUUUCUGUGCGCAUCUGUAAAAGUUAUGUAUUCAGUCAAGUUGAGGUUCUAUGAAGUGUUGGAUAUGUUGGAUAGAGGUGACCUCCGUCGUUCGGUGUGUCGCAAAAUCGAAGAUGUACUGGAACCUUGUCUGGAACCUAUCGCCAAAGUUCCUGAUUCCGAGAACACUGAACCUACUCCAUGUUGUAAAGAAAAGGUAAUCUGCAAGUGUGACAAGCCAGAAAAAGUAACUUGUGGGUGCAAAACUGAGAAAGUGAUUUGUGAGUGUGGCACGUGCCCCUGUUGAUAGAACGAUGUGCCACAUAAUCCACAGGAGCCACAUAAUCUAAUCGAAACGGUAAUGUGUGUUGUUGAUAAAAUACUGGAAACUUUGUGUUCUCAAUAAAU